UUUCGCUCCAGAGGGUACUUGAACUAUGAAUUCCGAUGAGUAGAUUUGGAUUUAUGGGGAUUUUAGUUGUUCUGUUUCAGAGUACAACUGAGAAGCUACAUGUGAACAAGGCUCCACUAUCCAGGCCAUCUUACGAAGGCGGCAUGUGUCAUCUUACGAAGGAGGUUGAAGAGGAUGGGGACAAUGAUGAUGAUAACGGUGCAGAAGAUCUUGAGGAUGACGAUGAAGAGGAGGAAGACAUUGAAGAUGAUGAUGAGGAUUCGGAGGAUGAUGUUGCGCGAGAAGAGACGGAAGAGGAAUUUCUUAAAAGAUAUGCACUGGUGGCUGUGGGUGAGUCUAUCGAGAUUGUUGAGGAAGGAGACAUUGAUGAAGAAACCCAAGAUAUUGAAUUGGAUUCUCUGGAAGAAGGGCAUACAACAGGUGGUUCUUUCUCUGAUGCAAAACCAACCUACACUCCAGGUCCAAACUGAGAACACAAGGGAGAUUUAUGUUGUUGAUGAUAAGUGAUUAAUGUAAUUGUUGAUUUGGAGCCUUCGGUUGGCAUAGCAUGUUUCAAUUAUGUUUGAUUAUGUUUAUGGCUAACCGGGGGUGAAAACAGAGGAUGGCAGAGAGACAUAUUUCUUGGUUCAUGAUGUGUAGGUGUAUGGAUGCGACAUGACGGUCAAUGACAAGGUGGUGAAGGGCAAGUGAAGGCUUGGUGCCGACGGACUGUGCUAGGUCGGGUGGAGCCAUGGGCGAUCCGCAUCGCUCACAUGGAGGGCACAAUAAAGCAUGGUGGGAGGAGAAGGUGAUGAAGAUGGCGUCGACCAAGUCAAGGCGGAAAGGCGAUGGCAAGUUGAGAGGCGGUCCGGUGGUGGGAGCGCGAAGGCUUGAAGGCAUCAAAGGUCAUGGCGGAGGUCGAACACGCAUCGACAUCGAGGAGUCAUGCUUGGAGAAGCAUGCAAGACAGUUUUGCCCAUUUUUCCUCAAAACCGGGGGCAGAGUCGGAGGAUGCGUGGCACCAUCAUAGAGCUUGCUUGGAGACGAAGCAGAGUGGUGAAGGCGCCGAGUCCGUCCGAUGGACAACAAAAUAGAUAGACCAUUUUGCCCUUUGGGGAUAAUAUCUAUGUAUUAGUCAUAUAUAUAUAUAUAUAUAUGGGAGAGGGCUAGUGCAAAGAGCUCUCGGUGAGGAGGACAACCAGAGCACGUCAACACCUCUCCAGGACCUAUCUUCAUUCUUGAUAUUUUCUUAGGCUUGGUUAGGAUCUCAAGAGAGAGUAGUUAGAGUUCAUAGCUCUAAACGUUAUCUAAUCAAGAGUGGGAGGAUAAAGGGCAGCUUCCAUGCCAUGUAAUCUUGCUAAGUUUAUAUUUCUAUUCAUCAAUUGCU